AUGGGCGACACAGAACAGAUGCUGCGAGACGAGGAGAAAUCGAAGGAGGCGGCUCUGCUGCCAGGGAAGAGGAGGGAAAAGAGAGGAGACGAGGUCGAUGUUGUCAGCUCUGAAGGUACCCUCAGAGGAUGGCGGACGGCGGUUGGAGGGACCUCGCAGACCUUCACACCAGAUGCUACUUUACAAGCACACCACAGACAUCCUGGGGGUUUGGCAGGGCAGGGCAGGGCAGACAGGCAUCGAGGCAGGUAA